CGGAGCUCUCGGCCCGGCCGGGGCGCGCGUGGCUGGCCGGCCGCGGGGACCUUCUCGGCGAGCCGGGCCGCUGGGCACUUUCCCGGUACAUUUCCAGAGCGCAAAGUGCUGGGUUCUGGUUUCUGCCCCUUGGAUUUCGCUCCCGCGUGUGGACGUCUAAAAGGAAACCAGAAGCGGGUUUAAGCACAUGAAACAUUCUAUGUGGAGAAAAUAGCAUUUUGAGAAGAUAACUUUUCCAGUGAUAAAGCAAAAACCAGUAGAGAAGUGCAUCCUCUUAUAUAUCAGUCUCAUUGUGCUGCUUUUUAUAACUUAGCUUAGUAAUGAAACCAUUAUGUCCUCAGUCAGUGAAGUGAAUAUUGAUAUCAAAGAUUUCUUAAUGAGCAUUAAUUUGGAGCAGUACCUCUUACAUUUUGAAGAGUUUGGUUUUUAUACUGUGACGGACUGUGCAAGAAUAAAUGAUAGUGUGCUACAUGAAAUUGGAAUAUCACCUACAGGACACCGUAGGAGGAUACUAAAAAAAUUGCAGAUGAUCUUGUCAAAAAUGCAAGAAAUCCCAAUAUAUGCAAAUGUUCAUAAAACAAAGAGUGAUGACACUUCAAAGGAUCGCCAUGCUCCAUCUUCUCAUCAGAACACCUGCAUAGAACUUUCUGAUUCUGGAAGUUUUCAGACACAUAGCUCAACAGAGUUGGAGACAGUUGUAAAAAAUCUAGAUCAAAAUGACAUUCAUAUGGCAAAGAGCCUGUCUUUUCAAUCAGAUGAUAAGUUCUCUCUUUCUGAACAUGACUUUCCCAUUUCAGAAGAAUCACACUUGAAUUUCGAUUCUCACGAUUUAUCAUCUGGUAAAGUAGAAUCUUUGGCUAUAAAGAAGACUAUGGAUUGUACAACUAAAGAACAGCAAACAGAAAAAGUUGAUUUGUUAUCAGAAAACUUGAGCAUCCUUCCGAAUGCAGACCCUGAAUGCCUUUCUUCCCUGGACUGUUCAACAUCAGGAGCACAGUCUGGAAACGGAACUAAUGGCUUAUUAGAAAGAUCACUACCAUCCCCGUUGUUUCAGUUUCAAGGAGAAAUGGUUGUAAAUGAUUUGUAUGUUCCGUCAUCACCAGUCCUGUCACCUAUGAGAAGUCGUAGCAAGCUAGUUUCAAGGCCAUCUCGAUCUUUUCUGCUGAGACACCGACCUGUUCCAGAUAUUCCAGGGGCAACAAGAGGAAUUUCAGGGAGCUACUUCCAUGAGAGAACUGUUACUACCUCAACUGGAAAAUCUGUGACACUGCCAAAUUCAAACGAGGAGAAUUCAUCUUCCAUCUUUCCUUAUGGAGAGACCUUUCUCUUCCAGAGACUAGAAAAUUCCAAGAAGAGGUCCAUAAAGAAUGAAUUUUGGACCCAUGAAGAACAACUCAAAGGGGAAGCAAGUACUUCAAUGAACUCUUUUUCAAUCAAAUCAAGCAUAUAUGAUAAUAGAAAAGAGAAAAUAAGUGAAGACAAAUUAGAGGACAUUUGGAUACCUCGAGAAGACAAAAACAAUCUCUUACAAGACUCUGCUUCUGAAUCAGAAUACUCAACAGUAGAAGAAUGCUUUCAGAGUUUAAGAAGAAAAAAUUUAAAAGCACCUAAAUCUAGAACUCAAAAAGCAUUAAAUUUGGACCCUGUUAAUAGGCACAGUUAUCCUUUAAGUUCAACAAGUGGGAAUGCGGACUCAUCAGCUGUUUCCUCAAAUGCCAUCUCUCCUUAUGCCUGUUUUUAUGGAUCUUCUACAGUAAAGGUUAAAUCAGGAUGGUUGGACAAGCUCUCUCCUCAAGGAAAACGUAUGUUUCAGAAGAGAUGGGUGAAAUUUGAUGGCCUUAGCAUUUCUUACUACAAUAAUGAAAAGGAGAUGUAUUCAAAAGGAAUAAUUCCCCUUUCUGCUGUAUCUACAGUACGAGUUCAAGGAGACAACAAAUUUGAAGUUGUUACAACACAAAGAACUUUUGUGUUUAGAGUAGAAAAAGAAGAGGAGAGGAAUGACUGGAUCAGUAUACUGUUAAAUGCACUGAAGUCACAGUCCCUUACUCCUCAGUCUCAAGUAGCUGUUGCACCUGAGAAAUGUGGAUAUCUUGAACUGAGAGGGUACAAAGCCAAAAUUUUUACUGUAUUAAAGGGAAGCAGUCUGUGGCUUUGUAAAAAUGAACAGGAUUUUAAGAGUGGACUUGGUAUUACCAUAAUUCCUAUGAAUGUAGCAAAUGUAAAGCAAGUGGAUCGAACUGUGAAACAGUCUUUUGAAAUAAUCACUCCUUAUAGGAGUUUCAGCUUUACAGCCGAGUCUGAAAAAGAGAAACAAGACUGGAUUGAAGCUGUGCAGCAAUCAAUAGCAGAAACUCUCUCUGAUUAUGAAGUAGCUGAGAAGAUUUGGUUCAAUGAGUCCAACAGGAGCUGUGCAGAUUGUAAAGCCCCAGAUCCCGACUGGGCGUCCAUCAAUCUCUGUGUUGUCAUCUGUAAGAAGUGUGCAGGACAACAUAGAUCUUUGGGACCAAAAGAUUCCAAGGUUAGAAGUCUGAAAAUGGAUGCCAGCAUUUGGAGCAAUGAACUCAUAGAGCUUUUUAUUGUCAUUGGAAACAAAAGAGCAAAUGAUUUUUGGGCUGGUAACCUUCUAAAAGAUGAAGAAUUACAAAUGGACUCACCAGUAGAAAAGAGAAAAAACUUUAUUACUCAGAAAUAUAGAGAAGGAAAAUUCAGAAAAACUCUUUUGGCCUCUCUGACCAAAGAAGAAUUAAAUAAGGCUCUGUGUGCUGCUGUAGUGAAACCAGAUGUGCUGGAAACAAUGGCUUUGCUCUUCAGUGGCGCAGAUGUCAUGUGUGCCACUGGAGACCCUGUGCACAGCACUCCCUAUCUGUUGGCCAAGAAAGCUGGACAGAGUCUGCAGAUGGAAUUUCUGUACCAUAACAAGUUCUCAGAUUUCCCUCAACAUGAUAUUCAUUCUGACACUAGGCUAAGUCAAGAGCCUGCCCAGGCCACAUUCCUCUAUGACUUCUUGUAUCAAGCUCCUGCUUCUGCUUCUAAAGUAUCUUCAGAGAAGAAACUACUUGAAGAGACAAAUAAAAAGUGGUGUAUUUUGGAAGGAGGCUUCUUGAGUUACUACGAAAAUGAUAAGUCUACAACACCUAAUGGCACCAUUAACAUCAGUGAAGUUAUCUGCCUGGCUAUACACAAAGAAGACUUCUAUUUAAAUACUGGGCCUGUUUUUAUCUUUGAGAUCUACUUACCCUCAGAGCGUGUGUUUUUAUUUGGAGCUGAAACAUCUCAAGCUCAAAGAAAAUGGACAGAGACUAUAGCCAAGCAUUUUGUUCCCUUUGUUGCUGAAAACCUAACAGAAACCGAUUAUGAUUUGAUUGGUCAACUGUUCUACAAAGACUGCCAUGCCCUGGAUCAGUGGAGAAAAGGCUGGUUUGCUCUGGAUAAAUCUAGUUUACAUUUUUGCCUUCAAAUGCAAGAAGCUCAAGAAGAUAGAAUGCACUUAAGACGACUGCAAGAGCUAACAACCAGCACAAUGAUUCAAAAUGGGGAAAAAUUGGAUGUCUUAUUCCUGGUAGAAAAAGGGAGAACAUUAUACAUCCAUGGGCAUAGCAAGUUGGAUUUCACAGUCUGGCAUACUGCAAUUGAAAAAGCAGCAGGUACAGAUGGUAAUGCAUUACAAGAUCAGCAGCUCAGCAAAAAUGACGUUCCCAUUAUUGUGAACAGCUGUAUAGCAUUUGUUACACAGUAUGGUUUGGGAUACAGAUAUAUCUAUCAAAAGAGUGGUGAUCCUUUGCACAUAAGUGAACUCCUGGAGAAUUUCAAGAAGGAUGCAAGAAGUUUUAAAUUGAGGGCUGGAAAGCAUCAGCUUGAAGAUGUGACAGGCGUGCUGAAGAGAUUUCUCUCUGACAUUGAUGAUGCACUUCUCACUAAAGAACUCUACCCAUACUGGGUCUCUGCCUUAGAUACACAAGAUGAAAAGGAAAGAAUUAAAAAGUAUGGAGCAUUUAUACGUACCCUUCCAGGGGUCAACCGUGCAACCCUUGCAGCUAUAAUUGAACACCUUUACAGGGUUCAGAAAUGCUCAGAAAUCAAUCACAUGAAUGCCCAUAAUUUGGCUUUGGUGUUUUCAUCAUGUUUGUUUCAAACUAAGGGACAAACUAGUGAAGAAGUGAAUGUAAUCGAAGACCUAAUUAAUAAUUACGUUGAAAUAUUUGAGGUUUCCCAGGCUGGAGAUUUGUUAAUUGAAGUGUAUGUAGAAAGGAAGGAACCAGACUGUAGUAUUAUAAUUCGGAUAUCUCCUGUGAUGGAAGCAGAAGAAUUAACUAGUGACAUAUUAGCAAUAAAAAAUAUCCUUCCUACAAAAGAUGAUGUGUGGGCCACAUUUGAAGUCAUUGAAAAUGAAGAGCUAGAGCGUCCUCUUCACUACACAGAAAAUGUAUUGGAGCAGGUGCUUCGGUGGAGUUCAUUAGUUGAACCUGGUUCUGCUUAUCUUGUGGUGAAGAGAUUCUUAGCUGUUGACACAAUUAAACAUUACAGGGAAAAAGGCAUCAAGGAAGGAGUCUUGAAAAUCAAAGAAGAGCCAUCUAAGAUACUGUCUGGAAAUAAAUUUCAAGACCGAUAUUUUGUUCUACGAGAUGGAUGCCUCUUUCUUUACAAGGACCCAAAGAGCAGUAAACAUGACAAAAUGUUUCCUCUUACUUCAAUGAAGUUUUAUCUUGGUGUGAAAAAGAAAAUGAAGCCUCCAACAAGUUGGGGUUUGACCGCAUACUCUGAGAAACAUCACUGGCACCUGUGCUGUGAUAGUUCACAAACCCAGAUGGAGUGGAUGGCCAGUAUCUUUAUUGCCCAGCAUGAAAAUGAUAUAUGGCCACCAGCUGGAAAGGAGCGAAAACGUUCAAUAACCAAAAAUCCCAAAAUUGGAGGUUUACCUCUAAUUCCUAUCCAACAUGAAAGAAAUGCAACCCAAGCCCGAAGAAAUAUUGAGAGUGCAAGAGCAGAGCUUGAAAGGCUGCGGCUCAGUGCAAAGCAUGAGAGAGAGUCCAUGGAACCCAGCUUAAAGGACAGAGCCUCCAUCGUGGCGCAGUGCCUGGAGCACAAAGAGGAUAAACUUCGAAAUCGGACCAGAAAACACCGGAGUUUCGUCUGUCUAGAGGACACAGAGGCUGAGGCCCAACAGGGGCAACAGAAAGGCCAGAAGGACCUAAAGACAUUGAAGAAGGCUGAGGACAGGAAUAACAAAGCUACCUUGGACUCAGAUCAUAAAUUGCCAUCGAAGGUAAUUGAAGAACUUAGUGUGGUUCUACAGCGGUCAAGAACCCUGCCUAAAGAGUUACAAGGUGAACAGAUUUUGCAGAAAGAAGUAAAAUGAAUUGAUCCACAAAUUAUUUUUUUAAGUAUUGUAUACAGUGUGUGUAAAGUAGAAACAAAACUAUAAAAUAAUUCAUGAAUUUAUAGGCAAACUUGGUCUAUAUUUAAGAAAUGUGUCUAUCUAAACUUAAACAUUUAAAGAGCAUUAUAAAAUAUGUAUAUAUGUGAUUAAGUGUAAGAUUAACUUUGUUUUGCUCUGAACAAAACUUGUAAAGUUCAAUUGUAUUAACUUUGUGUAAGAAAGCACUGAGUUACCCUUAAGUGGUUGACCCUUUUAAAAUAGUGGUCUGCUAAGUGGGUAACUUAUAAGCAGGAAUCUCAGACUGUACUGUAUUGUAUAAAAUGCUGUGUUUAAAUAAAGCCUAUGAAACUA